CAACCGCGACCUCCAACCGAGCAGUGCCGAGCAGUCAGCAGACGCCAGACGGCCGUCCCGCGCGCCAGAUAACAGUCCGCUGACGGCCGAGCCCCGCAUCACACGAGCGCGAUCUCGAUAGCGGUUUUGUGUUAUGUGAAUAAUUUGAGAUUAACGAGUGUUCAGAACAUUGAUCGAAUACUAUAAGGACGUUUCUAAUAAAAUAGGUACAGCACGAGCACAAAAUGAUAGUUUUAAUACUUGUGGCGGCGGUGGCAGCCGCGCUCUACUAUUACAGCACCAAAUCUCACGACUACUGGAAAAAGAGGGGCGUCAAACACGACAAGCCCCUCCCCGUCGUGGGCAACAACGCGCUUAACUUCUUCAUGAGGAGGAGCAUGUCCCAGGCCAUCGAGGAGAUGUACUGGAAGUAUCCCGAUGAAAAGAUCGUGGGAUUCUUUCGGGGUCCGUACCCCGAGCUGAUAAUCCGCGACCCCGACAUCGCCAAGCAGAUUCUGACCACUGAUUUCUCGUACUUCUACCCUCGGGGUCUGAUCAGCCGGCAGCCGAUCAUCGAGCCGAUGCUGCGAAACCUGUUCUUCGCGGACGGGGACCUCUGGCGGCUGCUCCGGCAGCGCAUGACCCCGGCCUUCACGAGCGGCAAGCUCAAGGCGAUGUUCCCGCUGAUCGUGGAGCGGGCGGAGCGCCUGCAGGCCCGCGCGCUGCAGCUCAUCGCCGCCGACAAGGUGCUCGACGCGCGGGAGCUCAUGGCGCGGUACACCACCGACUUCAUCGGCGCCUGCGGGUUCGGCCUCGACGCAGACUCGCUGCAGGACGAGAACUCCGUCUUUAGGAAAAUCGGCGCGAAAAUUUUUAAAGUUAGUCCCAAGGACUUCGCGAAAAACGUCCUCAAGCUCCUGUUCCCCUGGACAUUCAGGCACGUGAAGGGCCUCGCGAGGGUGGAGGGGGACAUCAUGCAGAUAGUGGCCGAGGUGCAGCGGCAGAGGAACUACAAGCCCUCGGGCCGGAACGACUUCAUAGACCUCCUGCUGGAGUGCAAGGCGAAGGGGAAGAUAGUUGGCGAGUCCAUCGAGCGGGUGACUGCGGACGGCGAGCCGGAGGUGGCGACGCUGGAGAUGGACGACGAGCUGAUAGCGGCGCAGGUGUUCGUUUUCUUCGCGGCCGGCUUCGAGACUUCGUCGUCAGCGACCAGCACUACGCUCAACGAGCUGGCGCACAACCCCGACGUGCAGGCCCGAGCGCAGGCGGAGAUCGACCGCGUGCUCGCCGCACACGGCGGGAAGCUCAGCUACGACGCCGUCAAGGAGAUGACCUACCUGGAGUGGACGUUCAAGGAGGGCAUGCGCGUGUUCCCGUCGCUCGGGUUCCUGGUGCGGGAGAGCGCGCGGCCGUACGUGAUCGACGGCGUGGCGAUCGACAAGGGGGUGAAGGUGUUCGUGCCGCUGCAGGCGAUGCACAACGACCCGCGCUUCUUCGCCGAGCCCGACCAGUUCCGGCCGGAGCGCCACGACCCGCAGCAGUUCGACCCCGCCAACAAGUACGUCUACAUGCCCUUCGGCGUCGGCCCCCGGGCCUGCAUCGGCGAGCGGCUGGGGCUGAUGCAGUCUCUGGCGGGCCUGGCGGCGGUGCUGGCGCGGUUCACGGUGCGGCCCGCCCCCGGCGCCCCCCGCCGCCCCGCCGUCGACCCCGCCUCCGGCAUCGUGCAGAGCGUCAAGGGCGGCGUCCCGCUCGUGUUCAUCGAGCGCUCCGCCCCGCCCGCCUAGACCUCAGCGAGAACAGAAGUCACUCCCGAAGAUACGAUAUCGAUUUACGAGUCAGCAGUCUUACCCCCGAAGUCCGAACUGAUACGAUUUUAAUUUACGACUCUGAUUAGUCUCAAAUUAUUAAGCCGCAGAAAGAUGCUAGUACCUACCCACAGAUAGCUGUCAGGAGUGGGAAAAGGAUGAGGCACAACGCCUACGUUGUGUUGGAAGAACUUAAUUCAGCCUUGUAUUGAGGUUGGAUAAAGGACAUUAUACUAUGCUUCGGAUGUGUUAUUUCUAUAUACAGUCUUGAAUGUAUUUGUAAGUAAAAGAGGCAAGCUGAGUUAAAUGAUGCGACUGAAAAUAUUGUGAUUUUAAUCUAAAGGUAGCAAGAGUAAGCAACGUCUAGUAUUAAGUUCUUAACAUACUAUCUAUAAUUAUUAUGUUACGUUCUGUCUGCUAUGUAUCUUAGCAAGACCGUGAUAACACCAGAGACUAGAUAGUAGUGUAUACUCUCUGAUAACACGAUUAAAUUAUAUUU